GCAGCUCUUGCCAUAGUAGGAAUCGUAAUUUCGCCGACUGAGACCCAAGACAAACCCGAGUGGGCAAAUCUGAUCCACUGAGCGUGAAGUGAACGGUCAUUCCUCGGGCAGAUCACGGGGCGUGGGCUCACACACACGGAGCCCUGGCGGAAAGAGCUGUCAUUUAUAUCAGACUCAUAUUUACAAUACUUCAGGACACUUAUUGAAAAUGAAUCGCGGACCGGGAAAGUCGAGUGAUGAGACGCUUAUAGAAAUGAGCCGAACUGCUUGGUCCAGCGGCGAAGAAAACAAUGGCUUCCACACCAGUUCGGAUAAGGAGUCGUUUCCACUUGAAAAUGCUGCGGUGGAUAAGCAGCAGCAGAGUAAGGAUUCGGUGUACUUCAGAGAUGGCGUACGGAGGAUAGAUUUUGUUCUGUCUUACAUCGAUGACAAGGAUGGAGAAAAGAAACAGGAUCGAAGGAAGGAGUUUGAGACUAACUUACAGAAAGCCGGACUUGACCUGGAGACUGAGGACAAAUCUGAGUCGGAAGAUGGAAAGACUUACUUCCUGAAGAUCCACGUACCAUGGGAAGUGCUGGCAACGUAUGCAGAUGUCCUGAAAAUCAAAGUGCCUUUUAAAGCCAAUGAUAUUCCAGCUAAAAAAGAAGUGCCCAUGGGCUGGCUCUUCACGCCCUACCGUCUGCCUGAUCACGUGAUGAACCCUGAGCCGGAUUACUUCACCUACACCUUUGACAAGAGCAAGAUCGACUUCUUCCUCAUCGAAGAUAAAGAAACCUUCUUUCCUCCGUCCACGAGAAACAGGAUUGUAUAUUACAUCCUUUCCCGAAUCCCGUACAGUAAAGAUGACAAGGAUAAGAAGGGCAUUAAGAGGCUGCUGAACAACGGGACCUACACAUCUGCCUUCCCUCUUCAUGACUGUAGGUACUGGACAAGAUCUCGUGAUUCUAACUGUGAGAGCGAACGCUAUUCCCUGUACAAACACUGGGCUGGUUUCAGCUGCUUUUACAAGGAGCAGCCGCUCAACCUCAUACGGAAGUACUAUGGAGAGAAGAUCGGCAUCUACUUCGCUUGGCUGGGUUUCUACACCGAGAUGCUGUCUUAUGCCGCAGUUGUUGGUCUACUCUGUUUCAUCUAUGGCGUGGCCACCUUCGACAACAACGUCUGGAGUAAAGAGAUCUGUAACGAGACCAUUGGAGGGCAGAUUGUCAUGUGUCCUCUCUGUGAUAAGAAAUGCGGCUACUGGAAGCUCAGCACAACCUGCAGCUCUUCCUGGCAAUCGUAUCUGUUUGACAACACAGCCACGGUGUUCUUUGCAAUAUUCAUGGGGAUAUGGGUGACUCUGUUCCUGGAGUUCUGGAAGCGGCGUCAGGCCCGACUGGAGUACGAGUGGGAUCUGGUCGACUUUGAGGAAGAGCAACAACAGCUUCAGCUUAGACCCGAAUACGAGAUCAAGUGCACCAGUCGACGAAUCAACAACGUCACACAAGAGAUGGAGCCCUAUUUACCUCUAACAAGCAAGUGUGCUCGCUCAAUGCUGUCUGGGGCCACCGUCCUCUUCUGGAUCUCUCUGAUUAUCGCCAGUAUAAUCGGUGUGAUCGCGUACCGUCUGGCAGUGUUCGCGGCGUUUGCCAGCAUCAUGAAGGAAAACGAAACCAAUAAGCUGGAUGUGGUUGGAAGCCUCAUCACACCGCAGUUUGCCACGUCCGUAACUGCUUCCUGCAUCAACUUCGUCAUCAUCAUGAUCCUGAACUUCCUGUAUGAGCGCGUAGCCAUCAAGAUCACUGACAUGGAGGUUCCCAAAACGCACGUGGAGUACGAGAACAAGCUGACGGUGAAGAUGUUCCUCUUCCAGUUUGUCAACUACUAUUCCUCAUGUUUUUACGUCGCCUUUUUCAAGGGCAAAUUUGUGGGUUACCCUGGCAACUACGCCUACAUGUUCGGCAAGUGGAGCGGGUUGAGAAAUGAAGAGUGCGAGCCAGGUGGCUGUUUGAUUGAGUUAACCACUCAGUUAGUGAUAGUGAUGGUGGGUAAACAGGUUUGGGGGAACAUUCAGGAAGCGCUCGUCCCCUGGUUGCGUAACUGGUGGGUGAGCAGAAGUGCUCGUAAUCAUCCAGAGAGCCUGUACAGCCGCUGGGAGCAGGACCAUGACCUCCAGACCUUCAGUCAGCUCGGCCUGUUCUACGAGUACCUGGAGAUGGUUAUCCAGUUUGGCUUCAUCACCCUGUUUGUGGCCUCUUUCCCGCUGGCUCCUCUGCUGGCUCUGAUGAAUAAUAUCUUGGAAGUGCGAGUGGAUGCCUGGAAGUUCACGACUCAGUUUCGCAGGCCCGUGGCAGCAAAAGCUCACAGCAUUGGGGCAUGGGAGGAGAUCCUCAACAUGAUCGCUGUUUUCUCAGUGGUCACCAAUGCUUUCAUCGUCUCAUUCACGUCUGACAUGAUCCCUCGGCUGGUGUAUCUGUAUGCGUAUCACCCGGGCAAUGAGAUCACUAUGGAAGGAUACAUCAACAACAGCCUUUCAGUCUUCAACAUCUCCCAGAUUCCGAUCGAAAACCGUCCCGAGGACGGCGAGAACCCAGAGUGGUACGACAGCACCAACAUCACCACCUGCAGAUACCGUGACUACCGCUACCCUUCAGGACACGAGAAAGAGUACAAGCACACUAUGCAGUUCUGGCAUAUUCUAGCGGCCAAAUUAGCGUUCAUCAUCAUCAUGGAGCAUGUGGUGUUUGUGGUGAAGUUCUUUGUGGCGUGGCUGAUCCCCGACGUGCCGUCAGACGUGAAGGCUCGUGUAAAGCGUGAGCGCUACCUCAUCCAGGAGUACCUGCACGACUACGAGCUGGAAAAGCUCAAAAUCCAGCUCAGCCUGAACAGCCAGAACAUCGACCAGUGCACGUGUCCGACCACAGCCUCCGCGCCUCUGAAGGUCGAGAUGUUAUCAGACUGUCUGACCUAACACAGGCCAAUGAGAGAAGCUCAUGCCACAAACCAAUCCUCUCUCUUUCAUCAGAAUCACACACCACUGGUUCCUAAUCCUAACAUCUCCUGGUUUAUGUUGGAUAGUCUUUUUACUUUGUUUGGGGUAUUCACUUCCAUUUUAUCUCAUUAUCAGCCAUGUGUAGAUAGCAGACAUAUCUGGAGCCGCAUGAGUUCAGCUGUAACUCGUUUUCUGUCUAUGCAGGACAUUUGCACAUCUGUCUUUCACGUCACUGGUCUCUGUUUAUGUUGCCAACGUCUCCUAUAAGACACUACAAACGUGCAGAACAGGCUGUUUGUGUUCUCUGUGUGACAAUCAGGCAGCUGAAGGGUCAGGUUAGAAAUGGUUUAGUGUCCUUCACACGCAAACACAAGCACUCGGACUUUAUUGUUUAAAAUGCUACCAAGCUACCAAAGAUAAAAUGCCUUAACGACAUAGUCAUAUGCAUGGAUCCUUUACGUUAUUUCAAAUGAGACUAAAACACGUCUAUUUACUACAUGUGCAGAAUUCAUGCAAAAAGAAAUGUAUAUCUAAAAAGGGUUUUCAGGAAAAUGUUAAUUUUGUGAGUUGCCGCCUAUUAUGUGCAAGUGUGUGUGUGGGUGUUUUGUUUUUGUAUUUUCUUUUAUGAGUGAAGACAGGAACUGGCACUCAACUCAUUUUACAGUAUUAUUUCAUAGAUUGAAAUUUGCACACUACACAGUGCUGUUUGUGUGAUGGAGGUGUUGAAUCUUCACUCACGCUAUUUAUAAAGCAGUUAAAGAUAAUCUGCACUUUAAAGCGUAACAUGUGCAGGAAAUCUUCUCAAAGCCAAAGUGAUUUAAAUGGCCAAGUUAGAAAUCGAUUUUUUUUUUUUUUUUUUUUUUUAAUGUGCCUUUGUUUUUUCUAAAUAUAAAAUCCAGGUUGGGUGAUUGUUUGUACUUCCUUUUCAAUUGGUUUACUGCAUUGUCCUGGUCGGAGAAGGACAGUCACUUUGAUUUAAUGUUUUGCACUUAUUGAGAAGUAAUUUAUCUCAGUGUUACGUGUGGACAAAGAAACCUUGUGAAUUUCUCCAAAACUAUGAAAUGACCAUUUGGCGUUGAAUUAAAUGCUUCAGAAACUUCAAAUCAGACAGUUGUAAUGAGGACCAUGAAGAGUUGACAAUUUGACAUGUACAUGUAUGCUAAUGUGGAUGCAAAAUCUUAGCACGUGUAUUUUGCUGUUAUUGGUGACUUGAAUAUUUAAGUUGGAAAUUAUAUUUUCUGUAGUUUUUUUUUUUCUCGAUCUGUCAUGAAUGAUCAUUGUUUAAUCAUUUGAAGAACUGUUAUUCAUUAAAAUAUAUGCCUUUUGAAUAUUUCACUGUUGAUGUACUAUGUAGCUGACAAUCUGCAAUGCUAAAACAUGAAAAGAUUUAUCUUAAAACAUUACCUGGCCUUUUUAGCAUUUCACUUGGGUGAUCAAAAUGAUCAACAUUUAUGCCUUAACCUUUAUCUGUGUUUUUCUUGAUAAUUACUGUUUUACGUUUUUUAUGCAUGUUGUUUUUGGAUGUGGAUGUGAAUCUGGUGUUUUUCUCCACUGCUGAUGUACCAUAAAUGUACUACAUUUUUCAUA